GCCUUCAUUCACCACAGCCUUCGAGAAGACCGCUAUAAGAAAGGGAGUCUGUAGAUAGCUGUUUUGCUCUCGAGCUAGACAGCAUAUCGCCCAAACUGUAGCGAAGAAAGACUUCUUAAUCCAAUGAUUAUAUUUUUGUAGGAGUACGUCUUUUUUCCACGGGGAGUUUUUAGCUGGGCGAACCUUUCAGGUGUGAGAGGGGCCGGGGAGAAGUUUCCCAGUAAAGGCAGAGCAGAGGAUAGAAUGGCGAUGGGGCUGUGUACAGGGCCCAAAAGUGGGAUACUUUCUCUCAGGACAAUAUUUAUUGUGUCAGUUAUUACACUUUUAUCAGUAAUUGCAGCAGUCGAACAAGGGGAACGUGAUUUUGAAUUUGCCGAUAGUGAUAAUAUUUUACAAAGAUCUAUACGAGAAACAGGCGUAGAUGAUGAAGAUUUUCUCAAUGAUGAGAGUGGUGAUGGUAGUUUUGAAGGUAGUGCUACUACUACAGUUGAACCUGCUGUAACACCUUCUAUAACAGGUUAUCCAGUUUAUUAUAGGGUGAAAAUAAAAUUUACUAGUCUUCAGUUCACUGAUGGAUUAAGUAAUCGUUAUAGUCAGGAAUUCCAGUCGUUAGCAACACGAUUACAAGGAGUUUUACAAAAUCUGUUCCGUAAUGUACCUGGUGAUCAGUUAGUUAGUGUUUUAUAUUUCAAUAAAGGAUCUGUUGACGUUACUUUUGACCUUAGUUCUAAUGGUUUCUCUGAUGAACAGGAAUUACGUCGUAUUUUGGAAGAAGCUUUAAGAACUGGCAUUAUUGGUCCAUAUGAUGUAUCCACUGAAGAUUUUUCCUUCAGACAACUUGGAGGAGCUGUUACCUGUCCAGAAUAUGUUGGCAGAGAACCUACCCGUUUACAAAGAUUUGGUAACAACCAUGCACGUCUCCUGAUAAACAAUGUUUUCCAAUGUCAAGGAAAUGUUGUUGGUUGGGAAUAUUUUAGAAUCAGUGCACAGGGUGAUGCUUAUGUUGGAGUCUGGAAACAAACCGAUGAUGGUGAAUUUGUAUUGGUGCGAAAAACACUUUUACCAGAAGCCCCAGUUGGCAGAAUUACUAUACAGCUACCUGACCCAAUUCCUGUUACUCCUGGAGAUUUUAUUGGUAUUUUUUACCCUCGUAGCACAGCUAUUAAUGUCAUUGGUAGUGCCACAUCAGACGAUGCAGAAGUGCCUGCUAAUGAACUUUAUCAAGUGUAUGAUGUACAACUGUUUGACGAUAUGGUCGAGGAGGGUGUCCCAUUUGACAUCAAUCGUGUACAGACAGAUCUUUUUAAUGGAACCUUUGCUUUAAGAGCCGUCAUGGAAUAUACAGGGUUACCAACUUUUGAAUGUCAGGAUACAGAAUUUCAGUGUGAUAAUGGUGAUUGUGUUGAAGGAUCAUAUAGAUGUGAUGGCCAGAUUGAUUGUGCUGAUAAAUCUGAUGAAGUUAGCUGUGACAAGGACUGUAAAGAUGAAGAAUUUAAGUGUCUAUCUGGUGAUUGUAUUGACAUCUUUUUGAUAUGUAAUCAACGUGUUGAUUGCCCUGAUGGCAGUGAUGAACAGGAUUGUCCACCAGUAGGGGGAGUAGCAUGUAGACCAGGCGAAUUUCGAUGUAUUGAUGGUACCUGUAUUAAUUUUGAACUACAAUGUGACAGUCGAUCAGAUUGUCCUGAUGGAGAUGAUGAAUUUGGAUGUCCACCUAGUAGAAAUUGUUCUCGGAAUGACUUUGUUUGUGGGGAUGGACAGUGUAUACCUCAAUCAGAUGUCUGCAAUGGCUAUCCAAAUUGUCAGGAUAACUCUGAUGAAUUACGUUGCUUACCAACAAUACCACCAUUAUGUCCAGAAGGUCAGUUCCGUUGUGAAGAUGGUACAUGUAUUGAUCCAAGGUAUCGUUGCAAUGGAAACCGGGAUUGUCCAGACGGUUCAGACGAGUCAACUGUGGAAUGUGGAGUAAAGACAUGUCCAGUUGGUGAUUUCCAGUGUGGAGAUCGAGUUACAUGUAUUGAUGCCCAAUAUCGUUGUGAUGGUCUACCAGACUGUCAAGAUGGUUCUGAUGAAGUUGGCUGUCCAUCAGCUAGACCAGUUUUGACACUUUCUGGAAAUACUGAAGUUCAACGCGGAGGUCGCUUAACACUGAAAUGUACUGCAUCGGAAUCUGAAAGACCUGUCAAUCGUUUGGAAUGGUUUCGAAAUGGACAAAGAGUUGAUGACAAUCGCAGAUCUGUUAUUAUUACACGAUCUAGAGAUGAAGCUACCAGAUCCUAUGUUAGUGAGCUCAUUAUUGAUCGAGCUACUGAAACAGAUGUUGGUUUGUUUGUCUGUCGCGCUUUAGGUCAAAUUCAGCAAUUGCAAGUUCAAAUAACUCGACCAGCAAGUAGAGAUUGUAGAUUUGGAGAGUUUAGAUGUAAAUCUGGACAGUGUAUUGAUGGAAGAGGUGAAUGUAAUGGUACACCUGAAUGUACGGAUGGAUCUGAUGAACUAGAUUGUCGACAAGAAUGUCAAGCCAAUGAGUUUCAGUGCAGGAAUGGUGACUGUAUUAGACAGGAAGACAGAUGUAACAGACGUUAUGAUUGUAGAGAUGGCAGUGAUGAACAGGAUUGCCCAUGCCCUGGUGGUCAGUUCAAAUGUGGAAGUGGUAGAUGUAUCCCACAAAGUAGAAGAUGUGAUGGAACUCCAGAUUGUCGUGAUGGUACAGAUGAAACUAAUUGUACUAUAGCUAUUGAUUGUAGAAGCAAUGAGUUUACUUGCUCUGAUUCAACUUGUAUCGAUAGACGUAAAAAAUGUGAUCGUUAUUCAGAUUGUCCUGAUGGUUCAGAUGAAUUUAAUUGUGCUUGUUCUGCUGACGAAUAUAGGUGUAGUAAUGGUCAGUGUAUCUCAGGAACCAGAUACUGUAAUAAUCAACGUGACUGUAUAGACGGCAGUGAUGAAGAAAAUUGUCGUAAAGACUGCAGCGCUGAUCAGUUUCAGUGUAAUAGUGGUGAAUGUGUUGACCUUCUCCGCAAAUGCGAUGGAGAAUCUGAUUGUAGGGAUCGUUCAGAUGAAACACAAUGUCCUACUCAAUCUACAGAAAUUUGUAAAGCUGGUCAAUUUAAAUGUGAAAAUGGCCAGUGUAUAGAUGCAGGGUUAAGGUGUGAUGGUCGUAUUGACUGCACUGAUAAAACUGAUGAAUCUGAUUGUCCUCGUCAGCGAUGUCGAGAGUCCCAAUUUCUUUGUGGGACUGGCCAUUGCCUUGACAAGCGUAGGCGCUGCGAUCGUUAUUCUGAUUGCCCUGAUGGAUCAGAUGAGGAAGGCUGUCAAUGUCGUGCAGAUGAAUUUACUUGUCGAUCAAGUGGUCAGUGUUUGCCUCAAUCUUCAUUCUGUGAUGGUAGACAAGACUGUACUGAUGGCUCAGAUGAAAAUGGUUGUGAUCCAGCAACAUGUCCACCGGGUCAGUAUGCAUGUGGUGAUGGACAGUGUAUUUAUGAAUCUCAUCGUUGUAAUGGUCGACGUGAAUGUAGGGAUGGUAGCGAUGAAAGGGAAUGUAAAACUGAUCCAAUCAUUGUGACUGUUUCACCACAGAAUAUUCGUGUUAGAGAGGGAAGAGAUGUUGUUCUCACUUGCGAUGUUACAGGUUCACCAAGACCCUCUGUUCGUUGGGAACGACCUGGUAGAGGUUUACCUGCUUCAGCAACUGAUAGUAAUGGUCGAUUAACUAUUCGAAGUGUUCGGGCUGAAGAUGGUGGUGAUUAUACCUGUUCAGCUGUAGGUGUAAGAGGAUCCUAUCAGUCUACAGCCAGAGUAUCAGUUGACUUCGUUGGUCCCAGUCCGACCGAUUUACCUACUGGACCCUGUGGAAGAGAUGAAUCUACAUGUGGUAAUGGACAAUGUAUACCUAGAGAUUAUAUCUGUGAUGGUGAGAAAGAUUGUGCUGAUGGUUCAGAUGAACAAUGUGCUGAACCACUGCCUUGUGAACCUAACGAGUUUAGAUGUAAUAAUGGACGAUGUGCUAUGAAGAUUUGGCGAUGUGAUGGUGAUAAUGAUUGUGGUGAUGGAUCUGAUGAAACUAACUGUCCAACAAGACGCCCUGGAGAUCCAUGUCGAGCUGAUGAAUAUAAUUGUCUUAGUGGAGAUCAAUGUGUUCCUGCAAGUUAUCAGUGUGAUGGUGAAUUAGAUUGCCAAGAUAGAUCAGAUGAAAUCGGCUGUUCUGCUCCCACAGUUCGCAAACCACCAAGGGCAGAUGUUGAGGUUGAGGUUGGAGGUGAAUUUAGUAUUUUCUGUGAAGCUGUUGGUGUACCAACACCUCUUAUAGUAUGGCGAUUAAACUGGGGUCAUAUCCCAACAGGACAGAGAGUAACGACAACCAGUAUCGAUGGUCGUGGUUCUCUUACUAUAACAGAUGCUAUACGUGAUGAUGCUGGUGCAUACACAUGUGAAGCUAUUAACAAUAAGGGCAGUAUCUUUGCUGUUCCAGAUGCCAUAGUAAUUGUCAGACAUCAAACUGGAAUCUGCAGACCACCAACUUUUAACAUAAAUGCCAAGAGUGAAGCUGAUUGUAUUAGGUGUUUCUGUUUUGGACAAACUGUACAGUGUAUCAGUAGUAACCUACAAACCACACAGAUCACUUUGGGUAAUAGAUUAGAAUUAGUGAGGGAAGGAAGUCUCUUGCCUGUAGAAUCUGGAUUAAUUCAGUUCUUGCCAUCAACCAGGGAAUUCUCAGUUCAAGAUUUUAACCGUGUUCUACGAGGAGACAGUUAUUAUUGGAAACUACCAGCACAAUACCUAGGCAACAGAAUAAGCAGUUAUGGUGGUGAUUUAACAUACAGAGUCUACUAUGAUAUCCGUGGAUUUACAGCUGAUCCAACAACUGAUCCUGAUGUUAUUAUUUCUGGUAAUGGUAUUACAUUAUAUCACAGAGGACGUGAACAACUACGACCAAGUAGUCAAACAUCUAUUGAUGUACCUUUAACAGAGUCUGCUUGGGAUAGAAGUGAAGCACCAAGACGAGGAGAUACACCAAUAUCAGAAUAUGCUUCUCGAGAAGAUCUUAUGAUGGUUCUUGAAAAUGUUACAAGUAUUUUAAUUAGAGCAACAUAUGAUAAUACACAAACUUCAACGAGAAUUAGCAAUGUUUUAUUAACUACAACUGCAACACAAGAUCGUGGUAUGGGCCAAGCUGUUUUAGUUGAAGAUUGUUCUUGUCCAACAGGAUAUACUGGGUUAUCUUGUGAACAAUGUGCGGCUGGAUUCUACAGAGUAAACCGUGGACGAUAUUUGGGUGAAUGUGUACCAUGCAAUUGUAACGGACAUUCUAAUGACUGUAACCCAAUCAGUGGACAGUGUCAGAAUUGCCGUGACUACACUACUGGACCCUACUGUGAUCAAUGUAAGGAAGGUUAUGCUGGUAAUCCUCGACGAGGAACGCCCAACGACUGUCAAGCUUGUCCAUGUCCUCUUACCGUUGCAUCCAAUCAAUUUAGUCGAACUUGUAUACUAGAGAACGAUGGAUUGAUAACUUGUACUAACUGUCCAGAGGGUUAUGAGGGACGUCAGUGUGACAUAUGUGCUGAAGGAUUCCAAGGUAAUCCAAGGGAAAUAGGUGACAGGUGUACCAGAAUAGAUGUAACUGAUAUCUGUGAUCCUAGAGGAAGUUUAUCUUCAGAACCAAAUCCUAUUACUGGUACCUGUACUUGUCGGGCUAAUGUUCAGGGUAAGAUUUGUGACACAUGUAAAAAUGAAACAUUCUAUUUGUCAGCUGAAUACCCUUAUGGCUGUUUGAGUUGUUUCUGUAUGGGUGUAACUGAUUUAUGUCAGAGUACAUCACAAAACAGGGCCCAGAUUGGAGUAUCGUUCAAUAGUGAUAGAAUGGGUGUAGGAUUAAGUGAUAUGAUGAAGACAUUGGUCAUCAAUGAUGGCUUUACUGUUAACUCAAAUAAUAGAGAACUAGUUUACCGUGGCUUCCAGAACCAACCUAAAGAGAUUUACUACUGGAGCCUUCCAUCGCGUUUCCUUGGGGAUAAGGUUUCUGCAUAUGGUGGAUAUUUACGGUUUACCUUGAGAUAUCGACCAGGUCAAGAUAACAGUCCUAUAAGUACUGGUGAACCAAUUGUUGAAUUAACUGGAAAUGAAAUUGAUUUGAUCUAUAGAAACAUUAGACAAGUGCCAGCUAUUUCUCAGGAAUCAUUUCAAAUACAGUUAUUUGAGCGAAAUUGGUUCCGUAUGGAUGGUCAACAAGCUACACGUGAACAUUUAUUGAUGGCCUUGGCUGACCUUGAUGCAAUCUUGAUUAGAGCUACUUACACAGAAACAACUGAUGAAGCUGCAUUAAGUGAUGUGACGUUAGAUGUAGCAGAAGUUAGAUUCACUGGACAAGAUAGAGCUAUGGCUGUUGAACAGUGUGUCUGUCCAAGAGGAUAUAAAGGUCUUUCUUGUGAGGACUGUGAUACUGGAUAUACCAGAACAAAAGGUGGACUAUAUCUAGGUCUGUGUGGUAGAUGUAAUUGUAAUGGACAUUCCAAUGAAUGUGACCCUGAAACCGGAGUUUGUAGAAAUUGUCAACACAAUACUGAAGGUGCUAACUGUGAAAGAUGUGUUGCUGGUUACUAUGGUGAUGCUAGCCGAGGAACCAUUAAUGAUUGUCAGAAAUGUCCAUGUCCACUUACAGAGUACCCAAAUCAGUUCAGUCCUACAUGUAUUUUAGAUACAGAUGGUCAAGUAACUUGUACUGCCUGUCCAACUGGACACACUGGUCGACGAUGUGAAAUCUGUGAACCUGGUUAUUCUGGAAACCCAUUACAACCUGGAGAUUCUUGCAGAAGAUCUGAGCCGUUAUGUGAUUGUGAUCCUAGAGGAAGUGUACCAAACACUCAAUGUGAUCCCAUUACCAAACAAUGCCCUUGCCGUACUAGUGUCCAAGGACUUAGAUGUUCUUCAUGUAAAAAUGGUUACUUCUAUUUGGACCAAUCUAAUAAAGAAGGUUGUCUUGCAUGUUCCUGUAUGGGUAUAACUAAUCAGUGCUCAAGUUCUUCUUACUAUAGAGAUGUGAUAACUCCCACAUUCCCUUCAGAUGGAUCUCAUAACUUUGGUCUAACUAAUCGUAGAUUGAGUCGUAUGAUUAAGGAUGGUUUUGUUGUUGAUGCGAGCCGUAAUCAGAUUACAUUCAAUAACUUUAAUAGUGUCCAGAGAGAAAGAGAAAGUUUGUUCUUCCAAGUCCCUGCAAAAUUCAGGGGAGAUAAGGUUACAGCUUAUGGUGGAUUACUAAAGUUUACAUUGGAGUAUUCUGUAGCUGCUGACUCUGGUAAUAAAUAUAUGGAUGUGGAUUUGGAAAUAAUUAGUAACAAUCAGAGAAUGUACUUAAUACUGAACCCAUCAGCCAAUCCGGAUGAAACCAAUAAUUAUGAAGUCUUGAUGCGAGAGGAAACCUUCAGAAUGUUGGAUGGUUCAACACCUAGUCGCGAUUCAUUCCUCACUAUGUUAGCUAGUAUUGAUGGCAUGCUGAUCCGAGCUACUCAUCAUACUAUCAUGGCCAGUACUACUUUAAGAGAUUUAUCAUUAGAAGUUGCUGUUCCUGGACCUAAUGGAUAUCGACGUGCACCUGAAGUAGAAAGCUGUCGUUGUCCUGAAGGUUAUACUGGGUUAUCAUGUCAGGAAUGUGCUGUUGGCUAUCUUCGUGUGCAAGAUUCAGGAACUUCAUUAGGUCGUUGUGUUCGAUGUAGUUGUAAUGGCCAUGCUACGUCAUGUGACCCAGACUCUGGUAAAUGCUUGAAUUGCCGAGACAAUACUGAAGGUGAUAGAUGUGAACGAUGUAUUGAUGGUUACUAUGGUGACCCAACAUCAGGAACACCCAAUGAUUGUAGACAAUGUGCCUGUCCACUCACCCUACAAAGUAACCAGUUCUCACCAACAUGCCGACUUGACCUUGAUAACCAAGUGACCUGUGACAGAUGUCGUAUGGGAUAUACUGGAAGAGAUUGUGGAGAGUGUGCACAAGGAUAUGUUGGAAAUCCAAGAGAACCAGGAGGAUCAUGUCAGAGAGAAGAGGUGGAUUAUCGACCAAGAGUCACUGUCUCACCUGUCCGAGUUUCCGAGCCAGUUGGAUCAAUGGUUAUGUUUCAAUGUUCAGUUCAAGGCCGUGGACCAUUUAAUGUUGUUUGGAGUCGAAAUGAUGGUCGACCAUUACCAGAUCGUAUUAGGACUCAAAGAUAUGAGUUGAUAAUAAAUGAUAUUCAGUAUAAUGAUGAAGGAAGAUAUGUUUGUACUGCUUCCAACCAAUAUGGUAGUACCCGAGCUAAUGUACAGUUGACAGUAACCAGACCAGAGCAACCUCUUCGUGUUAUUAUUGAAUCACCAACAGAAGUUGAUGUUGAUGUUGGUACCUCUGUAAGAUUUGUGUGUAGAGCUGUGUCUUAUAAUAGUGAGGCCAACUAUGUAUUAUCAUGGACAAAGAAUGGUGCAGGUUUACCUGUUAAAGGUAUAGAUCAGAAUGGUGUUUUAGUAAUACCUAAUAUACAACCUGAAGAUGAAGGUACCUACACAUGUACUGGAUCAGAUCAAUUUAGUGUUGAUAGAGCUACAGCAGUUGUUCGUGUUGGAGCCGGUGACGAAAGCCCUGUUGUCAGAAUUGAACCUAGAUAUGUCCAGGUACAAUAUGGUGAAGCUGUUGAAUUGCUUUGUACUGCAUCUGGUAACCCACAACCUGUUGUUGAAUGGUUCCGUGGUAAUGGUGAGGCACUGCAGAGCAGUGUAUCAGUUGUAAAUGGAUUAUUUAAGAUUGCCUCUGCAACAAAGAAUGAUGAAUCGGAAUAUUAUUGUAAAGCUACAAACUCAGCUGGUAUGGCUCAAGUGAGGACAAUUGUGUAUGUUACUGGUCAACCAGUGGAACCAGAAGUACAGAUUAUCAUCCGUCAAGCUACAGUUGUUGGUGUUAUUGGUUCAACUGUAAAAUUAGAAUGUUACUCCCGAGAUGGCAAUGUUUUCUUGGUAUGGAGUCGACAAGGUGGAUUACCAACAGGUACUAGUGACCAAAAUGGUGUCCUGACAAUUCCUAAUUUACAGCCUUCAUAUGCUGGUACAUAUACAUGUACUGGUACCACACCUUCGGGAAAUAGUGGCACUGGACGAGUUGUAGUUGAAGUGCGACCUGACGUAGAGCGUGAAACACCAACAGCCAGAAUUGAUCCAGAUAUGCAAACAAUUGGAACUGGAUUAACAGGCACCCUCCGAUGUAUAACAUCAGGAAAACCUAAGCCUACUGUUACAUGGUCUCGAGCUCGUGGUGAACUUUCAGACAAUCAUGUUGUAAAUGGAGAAACACUGAGAAUAACACAGGCUACAAUGUCUGAUCGUGGUAUCUAUGUUUGUAUGGUUGAAAAUGUUGCUGGACGUGCCCAGGCCUCGGCCAUUAUUGAUGUUGAACGGCGAGAGUUACCAAUCGUCGAAAUCUAUCCUGAAGGAAGUCAAACUAUUGCAUUAGGUGGAAGCGCAUUAUUUCAGUGUCGCAUAUCUGGUGGAUCCCCUGCUCCAACAGUUGUUUGGACAAGAGCUAGUAAUGAACCAUUUACAUCUACAACUGAUGUAAUGGAUGGUAAUGGUGUUAUAAUGUUUAAACAAGUAACUGGUGAAGAACAAGGACAGUAUAUAUGUACUGCUACUAAUGUAAUGGGAACUGUUACAGGAACAGCUUCUCUUAGAAUAGAAGGUCCUCCAAAGAUCAAUAUUAAACCUGGCCGAAGAGUAACAGCUUUAGUUGGUGAAACUGUUACCUUAGAAUGUACUGGUGAGGGAGCACCAACACCCAAUGUGUUUUGGCGUAGUGAGACACCAAGAAGAAGCGACAUCCUGCCAGAAGCAUAUGAACCACAAGAUGGAUCUGCAUUACUUGUCUUUGAAGAUGUACAGAGACAAGAUGCUGGUCGAUAUAUCUGUAUAGCUACAAACGAGAAAGGCAAAACAGAAGAUACUGUUGAUUUAAGUGUUAACGACCGUAGACCGUCAGGAGAACCAUUUGUUAAUAUUGGUGGACCAGAAAGGAUUACAGUAGUUGAAGGCCAGCAAUUAGAGCUUAGUUGUACUGCAGAAGGUUUCCGUAGUACAAUUAUUAAGUGGAGAAGACCUCUUGGUUCUCAGUUACCAGCUGGUCAUUCAGUACGUGGUGGAGUUUUAUAUAUCCCAAGAAUUACAUCUGAUUCGGAUGGAGAAUAUGUUUGUGUUGUGCAGACUGAACGUGGAGAAUAUACAGACAGUGUCUUCAUUAUUGUGUCUGUUCUUCCUCGACUCAGUGUUACUCCAAGCAACAUCAAGGUCCUACCUGGAGAUGAAGUAUUCUUAAGAUGUAGAGGACAAGGUGCUGGUCCAUUUACUUAUGAGUGGCAGAAGGUGAAUGGUAUCAUAUCUCCUACUGCUGUAGAAAGAGAUGGUGUUUUAGAAAUAAGACAAGUAACAGCUGCUGAUGCUGGUAGAUAUAGGUGUAUUGCUACAAGCAGUGCUGGUAGUACAGAAGGCUAUUCAGAUGUUUCUCUAUCAAUCAGACCAACUGUUGCUGUAGACAAUAGAGAUGUUACACAGAGAGCUGGACAGACAUUAGAAUUACGUUGUACUGCUACUGGUAGCCCACCACCCGAAAUACGCUGGAUGAAAGAGGGUGGUGAACUUCCAUUACAACAUGAAGUUAGAAAUGGUGUACUUACAAUCUAUAAUAUUCAGGCUGCUGAUCAGGGUAGAUAUAUUUGUACAGCAUUCAAUGAGGGAGGUUCUACAAGAGAUUUUGUCUAUGUCAGAGUUACAGAUCUGCCAGACAUUGGCACCCCUCUAAACAGAGGUGUUCAGACUGUUGAUGUUGGAGAUAGAGUAGAGUUUGAAUGUAUUGUUACAGGUACACCACCACCAACUGUUACUUGGUCUAAACUUGAAGGGCCACUCCCAGCAACAGCCGAGAUUGGAGAAGGUAUUCUAACUAUAUCUCAAGUUAAAGAAGAAGAUGCUGGUACUUACAGAUGUACUGCAACAAACCAGGCUGGUUCGGUUAAAUCACAAGUACAACUCUUUGUUAGAGCCCAACCUACUUUCCUACCAUCCAGAGAUAUGAAUACAGCAGCAUUAGGAAGUAGUACAACUCUAUCAUGUGAAACAAGAGGUUAUCCAGAACCAGUUGUAACAUGGUCAAAACAAAAUGGAGAUUUACCAAGUGAGCAUCGCAUAGUUGACAAUAAUCUAGAAAUAGAAAGAGUUCGAGAAGAAGAUUCAGGAACCUAUUUCUGUAAUGCUGCUAAUCGAUAUGGUUCUGUUAGAUUACCAAUUAGACUUAUUGUGGGAGCAAUGGUUCCCUACUUUAGGCAAAACCCUAACUCUUACAUGAGCUAUGCCCCAUUGCAGAAUGCCUAUCUUGAUUUUGAUGUAGUCUUGUCAUUCCGCCCUGAGUCGACAGAUGGACUCCUGUUGUAUAAUGGUCAAUAUAAAGAUGGUAAUGGAGAUUUUAUAUGCUUUGGAUUGAACGGAGCUUAUCCUGAAUUCAAGUUUGAUAUUGGUUCAGGACCAGCUGUGAUCAGAGGACAACAACCACUUGAGAUGAACAAAUGGCACACAGUACAACUGAAGAGAGAUAGAAAGAAUGGUACUUUAAUAGUUAAUGAUCAACCAGCUUACAAUACAGUUGCUCCUGGUCGUUUCCAGGGCCUUGAUCUCUUGGAAAACAUGUACUUAGGUGGUGUACCUAACUAUCAAGCUAUUUCUCCAUCAUCAGGAUAUGCUAAUGGUUUUGUUGGUGCUGUAAGUGAAGUACAGUUACAAGGAUUACCACUGAAUCUUGGUGCUGAUGCUAUUGAAAUCUAUGGUAUUGAUCAGUACAAUGUUUGUCAAGAUAGACCAUGUAUUAACAGAGGACAAUGUCAGCCAGCUAAUAAUAAAUAUGGUUACCGUUGUGUCUGUCCUCAAGGUUAUGCUGGUGUAAGAUGUGAAGUUUCAGGAGAAAGUUGUUAUGUUGGAGCUUGUGGUAAUGAAGGUCGGUGUGUUGAUUUAGCCACUGGUGGAUUCCAGUGUGUCUGUCCCAUUGGACAAACAGGUGUUGGAUGUCGACAAGCAGUCACUAUCAUUGAUCCAGCAUUCAACCGCACAUCAUUUAUUUCCUACCCAACAAUUAAGAAUGGUUUAUUACAAAUGAACGUCAAAAUUAUGUUUAAACCACAGUCUUUAGAAGAUGGCAUUGUAUUAUAUAAUGCUCAACAACAAGAUGGACGUGGAGAUUUUGUGGCUGUUGUUAUUAAGGAUGGUUACUUAGAAUUCAGAUUUGACACUGGAUCAGGUACUGCUGUUCUGAGAAGUCGUCAACCAUUACAGUUCGAUGAAUGGACAAGUGUUGUAGCAGAAAGAAGUGGAAGAGAUGGUAUGCUGGUGGUAAAUAAUGAGGCACCUGUUAAUGUUAGCGGAAGUGGUAAGACCAUUGGUUUGAAUUUGAAACGACCUUUAUAUCUGGGUGGCGUCGAUCCACAAGAUUCUAUAGCAACUGGUGUUGGUACUGUCGCUGGAUUUGUUGGCUGUAUUGCAGAGCUGAAAAUAAACAACGAAGAUGUUGAUCUUAUAAAAGAUGCUAUUGAGAGUUCAUAUGUUAGAGAUUGUGGUGAUCGUAGUUUAUGUGAUCGUAAACCAUGUUUAAAUGGUGGAGCUUGCUCAGAUAGAGGUUCAUCAGAUUACUACUGUACAUGCCCACCUCAAUAUACAGGAGUUAAUUGUGAAAUAGAGAUGAAUAUUUGUAUAACAUCAAGACCAUGCCGUAAUGGUGGAAUAUGCCGUAUAAAUUCAGAAGGAUAUAGAUGUGAUUGUCCAUUAGGAUAUAUGGGAACUGACUGUGAUUCAGAGGUUACAUUAGGUACUACAGCCGAAUUUGCUGGGGAUGGCUAUGUUAAAUUCAGCAAAGCAUUAUUACCCCACCGUGUUAGACAAGCAGGGGAAUACAUUUCCUUUACUAUUACUACAAGAGAACCAGAAGGUCUUAUUUUCUGGCAAGGACAAGACGCAAGUUCACCACUUCGAGGAGCAGAUUACCUAGCAAUAGCUUUAAGUGAUGGAUACAUUGAUUAUAAAUAUGAAUUAGGCAGUGGAGCAGGUCUCAUACGUUCAGCUUCACCUGUGAAUGAUGGUUAUCCACACAAGAUUCACGUACAAAGGUUGGGACGUACAGGUAAUUUAACAAUAGAUGAUCAACCAUCAAUUACUGGAGCAUCACCAGGUCGACUACAAGUACUCAAUGUACAGGGUAAUGUGUACUUAGGUGGUGUACCAAAUUUAGAUCAAAUGACAGGUGAUACUUAUAAGUCUAAUUUUAACGGAUGUAUCAAAGAUAUAAAAGUACUAAACAAAGGGCCAUUAGAUUUAUCUGUAGAUGCCAUUGGUGGAUACAAUGUCCGUCCAUGUUUAAACUAAGUGUACAGACAGAUUAUUGAAUAGAUUGAAUUCGAUGGAAAUGUGCAUAAAUUAAAAGAGACUUUACUUAGACUGAGGCAAAGUGCAUAAUAAAACUUGCUCAUAAUGUUAACAUGUACAUUUCAUGAAGUUUAAAUGUAUGUUAUAAUGUAAAAUGUGAAAUAGCUAUGUAUAUGUAAAAAUUAUUAAUUAACAUAAUGUCAUCAAACAAGAAUAUUUUAAGUCUUGUUGUUUGUCAACAAUUGUUUAACCUUUUAUCAUUGUGUUUUUAAAAAAAUGAAAGAAAGAAAAGUUGAGUUAUCCUAACAAUUUACUUUGUAAGUUAGUUACCUACAAAAGUAAGCCUCAGACAUGAUAUUUUAUGCAUUAUGUUAAUAUUAUUGAUAUGCACAUGUAAAUGUAUGUACCUCUUACAUACAAGUUCUUAGUUAUCUAACUUAAGUUUAAAAUCUUCUUUAUUCAAAACUUGUACUUUUAGAAAUAGUCUAGAUGUAAUUAUUUGUUGUCUAUUGCAAUUUGUUUAUUAUAUUCACGACCCUUUUAAAAUAGAAUUUGUAUAUUAUUCUUCUUUUACUUAAUGGCAGUUAACCACAUUUUAAGAAUAAUUUCCACAGAAUCAAGGAUUGAUUUUACUCUUAACAUUGAUUGCCUUUCACAUCCUUUCAAUUUUUUUUUUAUGACUUAGUUGUGUCAUGAGUAUUAUCUUUUUUAUAGUACAUGUCCAGUAUCUUAUAAAUUUAUAUAUAUUUUAUAUUAUACAUAUAUUUUCUUCUUGAAUCUUUUAUUGUGAUUCACCAAUAGCAUUUAUAAAUACUCUUACAAUGGUGCUAAAUUGGCAUUUUAUAAGAAUUUAUUUUCUACUUGCCAUAUUAUUCAAACUGCUUCCCCUUUUUGUAUAUUUAUUGCAUAAUGAUAAUAAAACAUGGUAAUUUGUAUAUUUCUUUUAUUGUUUCGUGAAUGUGUAGAGUUUUUAGUGUCCAGAUGUCUGAAAAUGAAUUGUUUCUUUUGAAGAGAAUAGCAAAUUUUAUCAGUCUGUACAUAAAUUCUGUCAAAGUUUGAUUUUUAGACGGCUGAUUUAUCUUACAAUGUUCCAUAUAUUAAAAACCCCAAUUAUGUUUUUUAAUAAAAAUUGAGAACAAUUAUUUGUUUUAAUCAUGUAUGGUAAUUUUAUAUCUUUUGUAUAUUUUUAAAUUAUGAUCAAAACAAACAAUUUGUUUUCAGAUACGUACAAUUUAAUGUGAACUAAUGUUUCACUUUUAGCCAAAUAGAUAUAGUAUGUAAAAAAAAUACCAAUGUAUUAAAUGUAACAUCAUCUAGAUAUUUGCUUUAAGGAAUCGUUUGUGUAACACAAUAAGAUUCCUCUUGUGUUCAAGUCUGCUGUCAGAACAAAUUAUCAGAACACAGAUUAUAUACGCCUUUUCUGUGAUCAGUUUGAAUAAACUUUUAUAACAACA